GAAUUGAAAAUCGAUGCGAAUGCAAAUGCUGGCUCCAAUACGACCUCGUUUUGGCGGUCUACUGAACCCGUCAUGGUUCAACACCUUCAGAGGCCUUCGAGCUCUCUCAUCUUCUUCCUCCGCCUCUGCCAACCAGUCUCGGGGCGGUCUCCCUCGUUUCUUCUCUGAAAUUCUCCCUACUACCAAGGGUAGUGGUGUCCGCGUUCAAGGCGAUGAAUUCUGGCAUAUGACUAAAGUUUUAAGAUUGGGCAUCAAUGAUAGGGUAGAGCUGUUCAACGGGAAAGGAGAGUUAAUAGAAGGCUGCAUUGAGAGGAUUGACCGUUAUGGGAUUGAUUUUGUAGCAUUGGAAGAUCCCAAGUUUAUUCUUUCUCAGAACACACAGUGGCAUGUAUUUGCAGCCUUUGGGUCUCUAAAGGGUGGUCGGGCAGACUGGCUUGUUGAGAAAUGCACGGAGCUGGGUGCCAGCAGUGUAACCCCACUGCUGACAGAGCGUUCUUCGUCUAUCUCCGAGAAUCGGGUGGACAGAUUGCAGCGUGUAGUUUUAGCAGCAACUAAACAAUGUCAACGGCUACAUGAGAUGAUUUUAAAUCCUCCAAUGAAGAUUGAUGACCUUCUACCUACAGUUUCCCAGUCAACGCUAUCUUUUGUAGCGGUAGCAGAAGCUACUCCUCUUGUUAGUGCAUUGACCAGUUUGAGAAUACAGCCAAGUGGAUUAAUCAUAGUUGGACCAGAAGGGGAUUUCACAGAGAAAGAGUUGAACUUGAUAACGGGAUCAGGGGCCUCGGCAGUAGGUCUCGGGCCUCAUCGCCUGCGUGUUGAAACCGCAACAAUGGCACUUUUAGCAACCUUAAUGCUAUGGUCUGACUCUCAGCAAGCAGUUGAAUCUUGAUCUUCACAAGGCUAAAAAACCUACAUUAAGUUGCCUCCUUUCUAUUCCUUUCCUUUGUAUGUGUUGUGGUCUCUCUUGUUAUUUGAACAUUUGGACGAGUGAUUUAUUACUACUAAAAUCAUUGUCUUGUAGGAGCCAUGGUCUUGGUCUCUCCUCUCACAUUGAUUAAUAUUAGAUUGACUACACUUGAAGUUUCAUCUUCAUUUUAAAUAUUCCAUUCAAUGUUUAUGGAAGAUAUAUUUAUUAAAUGAUGGUUCAUGGGGCA